AUGGCCCGUACCAAGCAAUCCGCUCGGAAAUCGACUGGUGGCAAGGCGCCACGCAAACAACUGGCUACUAAGGCCGCUCGCAAGAGCGCACCAGCCACCGGAGGCCAAUCCGCUCGGAAAUCGACUGGUGGCAAGGCGCCACGCAAACAACUGGCUACUAAGGCCGCUCGCAAGAGCGCACCAGCCACCGGAGGCGUGAAGAAGCCCCAUCGGUAUCGCCCUGGAACUGUUUCCCUGCGUAAGAUCCGUCGAUUCCAGAAGAGUACCGAGCUCCUGAUCCUCGAGCUGCCUUUCCAGCGUCUGGUGUGUGAAAUCGCUCAGGACUUCAAGACUGACCUGCGAUUCCAGAGCUCGGCAGUGAUGGCUCUGCAGGAAGCUAGCGAGGCCUAUCUGGUUGGCCUCUUUGAAGAUACCAACUUGUGCGCCAUUCAUGCCAAGCGUGUCACCAUCAUGCCCAAAGACAUCCAGUUGGCCCGUCGCAUUCGCGGCGAGCGUGCUUAAGUGUGCGUGCUGCCAAUGCGCUAACAUACUUUGUACA